AUGGCAGAGUUAAAGAUCAAUGUUGAGUUCAGUGGUGGAAUGGAGUUGUUGUUCAAGAACAUCCGCAAGCACACCCUUGCCAUUCCUGCUCAGUCCAAGGUGAACCCCUCUGGACCUGCUACCCUGCAGGACCUAAUCUUCUACCUGCGCGACAACCUCAUGACAGAGAAGAAGGACUUGUUUGUUGAUAAAGACACGGUUCGCCCAGGUAUCUUGGUCUUGAUCAACAACGUGGAUUGGGAAUUAUGUGAUGAGUUGGAAUAUCAAUUGGAAGACAAGGAUGAAAUCGUGUUUAUCAGUACAUUGCACGGAGGAUAG